GGAGAAUGGGAGUAAUGUGAAUUAAAUAACUAAAAAUAUAACAAGAAAAAUUAUUAUCUGUUUCAAAUAUUUAUUGCAUUGUUACAAUUGUAUUGUUACAGAUUUUUUAUCAUCUCACAUCUUCAGAUUCCUCAAUGAGUAUUCAUUUAGGAUAAAAUUACAACUGAUGUUUGUUCCUUUACAAAAAGAAAACAUUGCACAACUGGAUCCUCCAUAACCAUUAUGAAGAUUAUGAAAACAUGUAAAAGUAUAGUGCAAAGCAAACAUUGAUUGUUGACAUAAGCGGUGAUGUUUAAUUUAGAUUUCAAACAUGUUCUUACAGUACAACGCUGCUACCUUGUGUGUACAUUACAGCUUGUUUAUGAAAUUAAAAAAUGUAUGGUUCACUGAUGUAUUCAGAGCCACUCUGAGCAGUAAGAUGCCACAAAGAUAAGUCUACCUCCUUCACUUAUUUCAUGAAAUAAUGGGAAAGAAUAAUAAAGAAGACUCAUCUUCUUAUGUUAAAUCUGAUAUACAAGAUGAUAAUCCUUCAGAACUGGUUGAUGAUGAUCACAAUCAACUGUCUCUUGAUCCCAAGUUGCAGUUAUAUCUUUCUCAGAUCUCUUCAGAAUCAGGAUUUUGGAGCAAGAUAUUUCCCAGGCCAUUUGAGAGAGCAUCACAAAAGUCAUGGUGGGAUCCUACAUUUGAUUCUGAAAUUCUGGAGGAGCAGUUCAGGAAAAGUUCAAACCCUCGCAACAAAGUAAAAUUCAGGUAUGCCUUAAUGUACCUCAUAGUGAUAUCAACAAUGUGGUUGGCCUAUUUUUUGAUCGUCGGUCUCAUGGGCGACAAACGUCACUGGCCUCUGUUAUGCGGCCUCCUGCUAACACUGAUAAUCUGCCUCAUAAUAUCUCUGUCGUUCACACGCACCGAAAUCUACGACCAAAAUAUGACUACAUCGACUACAGCCUUAUCUUUACUCAUCACCAUACUGAGCCUGGUGUUUUUAACAAUUUGUCAGCCGCCGCCUGUUGGGAAUUUCUCACUCUGUAUACAGAUACUGUUUUUGAUAUACACUCUUGUUCCGUUGAAGUUGUAUGUCAGUCUCACGCUGGGCAUAAUUUAUUCAGUCUCCUUCGAGUUUGUGGUGUCCUUUUUACAACCACCUGAUAACCACCCGGUGUCAUUAUACUUUACGAGACUCCUUUGCCAUUUUGGCAUACACCUCAUCGGAUUCCACAUAGGCCUGAUGAAUAACAUCAGGACCAGGAACACCUUCAUGAAAGUCGGACAGAGUUUAUUGGUACGCAGACAGCUGGAGUUAGAGAAGAGGUUGAAGGAGAACAUGAUACACUCGCUCAUGCCGAAAAGCGUGGCUGAUUGGUUGAAGAAAGAAGACGAGAAUUUCACCAGGAGGCAGUCGUCUGACUCCACGAACGAUAUAAGAUCCUUGUUCAGGCCCUUCAACAUGGACCACAUGGAGAACGUCAGCAUACUGUUUGCCGAUAUUGUCGGCUUCACGAAAAUGUCCAGCAAGAAAAGUGCAGAGGAACUAGUAGACAUCCUGAACAGCUUGUUCCAAAGGUUCGACUUAUUGUGCAAAGACCACAACUGCGAAAAGAUAUCCACUCUGGGUGACUGCUAUUACUGCGUGAGCGGAUGUCCCGAAGCUAGGGCGGACCAUGCGCAGUGCACCGUUGAAAUGGGCCUGAGCAUGAUUCAGGCCAUCAAAAAGUUCGAGGAAGAACGCAGAGAGGGCGUCAAUAUGAGAGUGGGGAUACACACUGGGACGGUGCUGUGCGGUAUCGUCGGGACGAGGAGAUUCAAGUUUGACGUAUGGAGUAAUGACGUCACGUUGGCCAAUAAGAUGGAGUCGACUGGGAGGCCCGGUAUGGUGCACGUGUCGGAAAAAACGGUGAAUUUCCUGCAGGACACUUAUUUAUUGGAGGAUGGGGAAGAUGUAAUGGGACUAAACACCUACUUCAUCUUGGGUCGCAAAACCGACCGACCGCCCACGUACAGCGGCUCGUUCCGCGCCGAGGGUCGACAAAAGUACACCAACUCCCUCCAGCUCGUUGUCUCCCCGCCCGCAGCCGACCUGCCCACCUCCCCGCUCGCCCGCCCUCGCGUCCUCUCCUGCGACACGCCCCCCGCCCAUCAGCAGCGGCAGUCGCGCAACUUCCUCUCGCCCGACGUGUGCAAGAUCAAGGCCAGCAGCCUGCCCAGCAUCCUUGACAUGGAGGGGGAGGACGGAAUGGGCGGGGCGGUCAUCAAGCAGGACGCGUCGGGGCAGGUCGACGUCAAAACGCCCACCAGUACGGCCAGUGCGGGGAAGGGCACGAGCCGGCUGAAGAGCUGGAAGAUUACGAAUUUCGUGAGGAAGCUGGCCGACCAGCGGCAGGAGGGCGACCUGGACGUGUUCACCGUGUCUUCGUUGAAUUCCACCGACGACGGAUACCAACAAGUUCCUAUGAUCAUCGAAGCAAAAGCCAAUGGCAGAAAAGAGUCAUUCGCGAACCUGAAGAAACUCGACGGCGAAGACAUAUUCAAAGACAACAUCGACAUAAAAUCGUACAUAAGCCAAUCUCGAAGUGAUAUAGGACAAUUUGACUACGCAUCGAACAGCGAAUUUAUGAGAAGCGGCAGCUACCGAUCCCAAUAUAGCAGAUCUCCUGCCGGAGAUUUCUCUUUUUUAACUCGGACGGGGAGCAGUAGAUCACGUAGAGGCAGAUCUCCUAUGCUGGAAGGUUUGGAGCCUAGGGAAAGGGCGAGAAGUGCCACAGUGUCUGCUGGUAAUCUACAGAGGCCCAAGAGGUCUUUCGAUCUGCCCAGCAGGUUAUCCAGUAUUGCUGGCUUGGAGGAGAAUGCGAAUCAAAGUAGGAAGGACUCAGGAAUUAGAAGUAAUAGCAGAAGAAGUAGUAUACAGACUGACAAUGCUCCCAACUCAGAAAUACUUCACCGCGUUUCCGGAUAUUAUACGUCAAGCCAAUGCUCAAUCAAUGCCAGUCCCAAAGUGCCAAAGAACUAUGGACCAUUCUUCGAUAAGUACGGAACGUGCAUACAAAACCUGCGAAAACAAUCAGACCGACAGCUGAUCAAAUGUGUUCAGGACAAUUCUAAAUCGAGAUCAUCGUAUUUUAUCAAACCGCCGCUGUCCAAGGUCACCCUGUUCUUCAAAGAUGCCGACAUGGAGCGGCAGUACAGAAUGAACGUACACCACAUCCCGAAAAGAGACAGUACCGGUGUCACGCUCGCCAACUCAAAUUUCAAUACUUAUUUGGAUGUGGUGGUGUCGAUUAUGACGUUCCUUGUUGUGUCCACUGGGGCAGCUUUGGUAUACGGAGUCACUGACAUUUGGUUGAUAAUUUUUUUUACCUUGCUCAUUUGCCAGCUGCUGGGGUUGGGGUUGUGCCUGAAAACGGUGGUGAGAUGGUUCGACAGAGUCGUCUGGUGUUGCAUCAGGUUCUACAGGUGGAACAUGUUCGGAGCGGUUCUUGUCGUCUUACCACUGAUUUCCGCAAUGGCUAAUUUCGCUAACGAGGAAGAUAUAUCACCGCACAACUUCAAUACGUUCAGCUACUUGCUCUUUGUUGGCUUCGUUCAUUUCUUCAACUUCACCCAGCUGAAUUGCUGGAUGAAAAGUAUACUAGCUACCGUUGGUAGUUUAACUAUUUUGUUUGUUUUAGUUAAGAUUCCAUGUACCUCUGAAGUGAACGUGGUUCGUAAUGUUUCUGUGGUUUUUGAUAACUUCAAUACAACUGGAAAGGUAGAAGACAGCAAUCAUUGUUGCUUUUCUAAAGCAGAAGUCGUUUUGAAUUUAUUCCUUCUUGUUGUAUUGAUUUGGGUAUUAACUAGAGGAUUUGAAAUCGGUUACAGAGUCAGCUUUCAUGCGAACUUUGUGGCUAAUCGCGAUAAAAAUAAAGUCCAAACUCUGAAGAACCAAGCUGAUUACCUCAUUUACAAUAUUGUACCGGAGCAUGUUGCUGAACAACUGAAAAAAGACGCUAAAUACUCAGAAAACUUCAAGGAUGUUGCUAUUAUAUUCGCGAGCAUUGUAAAUUUCAAUGAGAUGUACGACGAGAGUUAUGAAGGAGGAAGGGAAUACUUGAGAGUAUUGAACGAACUAAUCGGCGAUUUCGAUGAGCUCUUAGACCGUACCGAGUUUGACAGCGUCGAAAAAAUAAAAACGAUAGGCUCUACUUUCAUGGCAGCCAGUGGGCUAGAUUCUCGUAAACGGAAAAACCAAAAAGACCAAAACGAGCAUCUAUUUGUGUUGAUGGAUUUCGCAUUGGAAAUGCAAAAUGUUGUCAACAAAUUCAACAGGGACCUUCUGGGUUUCGACUUGGAACUGCGUGUGGGCUACAACUUUGGCGACGUAACGGCAGCUGUCAUUGGCAACACGAAGCUUUUCUAUGAUAUUUGGGGGGAUGCGGUGAAUAUCGCCUCUCGAAUGGAUAGCACAGGUAAGAAAGGUCGGAUACAGGUUGGCGAAGUUUGCUUGAGCGCACUACAGGAAAAGUAUGAGUUUGAACCAAGAGGUUCGGUCUACGUGAAGGGUAAAGACCAUAUGAACGUCUAUUUUGUCAAGAAAAAGAAAACUGCUCCUUUCUUGUCUGUGCCUGAUGCAUAAAUGUGAUGUGUAGAAUAUAUUGACACAGCAAUGUCUAGUUGUUUGGCCAGAGAUAAAGGUGAAUUGAAAAAGGCCUUAUCAGUAACGAACUCAUAUGAAACAAGUAACACCAAUAGCUGUAACACAUAUUUUGUGGAUCUUGACACCCUUGGACUCCUUAGAUCGAGAUAAGAAAAACAGUUCCUAUAAUUGAGAUAGAAGGUGAUAUACGGAUUUUACCUCUGAGACCUUCAACAAGAUAGCCGGAUAUUAGCUCUGAGACUUACAACAAAAUAGCGGUUUUAUAAAGAAAAUAUUGAUGAACUCCAAGGAAAGUGUUUUCAUAAUUCCAUACGAAUUUUCGUUAAAUUUGGAGCAUUAUAGUUUUUGUCAGUGAUGUUUCAGAGAUUUGCAAGUAUAGAGGUACUGUAGGUACAGAAAUUCGACUAAAAUCGGUCGGGGAACAAUUUCAACACCUCUUGGGCAUUUUAGUUCACUUUAGAGAUCGCUCAAUUUGGUUCUUUCUCCAAUGGCGAACUAGUUCGCUCUUCUAGUUCGUUAGUUCUCCGCAGCAUAGAGAACGGGAAUAUCUCGCGUAUUUGAUAUUACGGUGUUUGAAAAUUAGGAAUAGGGAAGAUAUGACCAUAGAACAUCAAUUAGAUAUUGAAUGAUGGCUAACUUGUUGGCUGAUGUAGGUACCUAACAG